AUGCCAUCCUUCAGUACCUCGCUUCCGGAGCUGAGAAAAAGCUUCACGCAAAGGACAAGACGGAUCCGGGCGUCGUUUUAUAAAGUCUCUGCGGACAAGAAGCUAAUAGUGAAGGCAACCGCUGACCAAAACCUGCAUCCGAAUGAAAAUGGAGCUAUCCUUCAUUGCCUGGAACCGAAAGGCGUUACCAGCGACCAUCUUUGGAAGGAAGCAUACGAAAAGCUUCAGCAGCAGCAGCCGGAGCUUAUGAAGGACUUUGAUGUUAUUAUGCGCACAGAGACUGGGACAGAUGACUUUUGCCGCACCGUUCACGAAACCAUUAUCAACAAGAAGGUUGCUGCGUUCAGCAGCGAUAAAUGGAAAUUCCGACUCCGCAAUAAGCCGAUCUAUGUGAGAGAAAGUGUCAAUAAUAUUGUCAAGAUUAUUUCGUCACUUACAGCUUUCAUGGAGCCCAUAUCAAAUAUGGAACCGCUCCAUGCUGGGCUGCCCCUGGCAGCUGUGUGUCUCUUACUUUCUUUUGCAGAGAACAAUGAGGCCCAACGUACAUCUCUCCUUGAUGGAUUGGAAUAUAUCUCAACGACAAUGCACUCUUUCACUGUUACUGAAAGGAUCUAUCUGGCCGGAACGCUCACAAAAGCGACCAGUGACUUGAAACGUGCUAUUAUCGAUGUAUACGUACCAAUCCUCGAAUAUGAGGUUCGGGCGUUGAGUUACUUCAAUAAGAAUCUGCUCAAACGAUUUGGACGAAAUGCUUUCAAAUUUGAUGACUGGAACGGCAUGAUCGAUAAGAUAAAGUCAUAUGAAACUCACUGUAACACUUUCAUCACGGUUUCCGACAUUGAAUGUCGUCAGGAUCAAGCGCAACGGGUCCAGCUCUUGCUGGAAGAACUUGAUCGCAGGAAUGACGCACUGAUCAGAGAAACGAUUACCUGGCGGAAGAACGAUCUUGAAUAUCAAUGUUUUGAAUGCUUUAGAACUAUGGAGUAUGAGCGCUACAAGGAUAAGAACCCUUGUCGUGUUCUCGGAACCUGCAAUUGGUUUCUUGAUCAUCCAAGGUACCAUAAGUGGCUGCAGGACCCGCAAGCGAAAUUACUCUGGGUUUCGGCAGAUCCAGGAUGUGGGAAAUCAGUAUUGGCGAAGACAUUGGUUGAUGAGCAAUUCAUGAGCCUGAACUCGACCGCAGCGGAUAAUGUGUGCUAUUUCUUCUUCAAGGAUGACGAUCCAAGCUCAAGACAACCAACGAACGCCAUAGCAUCUUUUCUGCAUCAGCUAUUCACACAAAAUCACUCCCUUAUCAAACAUGCUUUACCAUCGUUCCAACGCAAUGGAAACAAGUUGUCCGCGUUAUUGCAGGAACAGUGGAAUAUACUGUUAUCUGCCACUGCAGAUCCCAGCUCAGGAACCACCAUUUGUGUAAUCGACGCACUCGACGAAUGUGAAGAUACAAUGCGGAAUUCAUUCAUCCAGUUACUUCGAGGUUUAUCAUCAUCCCGUGAACCACUUCAGCGUCUCAAGUUCCUUGUUACUGGGCGUCCAUCGGCCUUCUAUGGUCGCUUGACACCGGACGAAGUCCCUGGUACGGAAAUUCGUCUCAUGGGCGAGAGUGAUCAAGAGAAGGAACAUAUCAGUCAAGAGAUAGGGUUGUUUAUCGAUGCCAAGGUUGAAGCAUUCCGCAGACAACGACAGCAAUUAGGGCUUGAAGAUGAUGCCCACGAGAUGAUUCGAGAAAAGAUCAAUGCUGUCGACCACCGAACAUAUCUAUGGCUAUCUCUCAUAUUCCCAGAGCUAGCAGAAAAUCCAGGUCUUGGGGUUGCACGACUGCGGCGGAAACUGGAUCGAAUCCCCCAAACGGUGGAUGAAGCAUAUGAAAAGAUAUUGAACAGAACCACUGAUAGAGGUAAAGCCCUGAGAAUACUUCAAUUGGUCGUGGCCGCCGCUCGCCCACUGACGCUAAAGGAGAUGAAUAUGGCACUAGCAUUAGCUGAAGUGGAUGAAGUAGGCGAACUCAGCUUGGAGCCUGAGGUAACUUUCCAGGAUACCCUGAAGAACAGUUGCGGUUCGUUCUUGGAUAUCAAGAACUCGACAAUAUAUCUCAUCCACCAAACGGCUAAGGAAUUCCUCCUGAGACAUCAAGCUGCUUCUGAGAGAUCAAGCUCCAGUUCAUGGAAAUCGUCGGUCGAUUUUGAGGACGCAAACCUAUAUUUCGCCCAGAUAUGCGUGUCAUACAUCUUCCUUCCUCAGUUCGAAAGCGACAUUAUUAUGGGCGAUGUUUGGUGUCCUUCGGCCUCACAAAUAGAAAAGCAUGAUCUCCUCAGAUACGCUGCAAAAUAUUGGCCUCAUCAUCUCAACGAAUGCACAUCUGAAGCAAGUUCUCCGUUGGUGGAUAACGCAAUUGAGUUAUGCCAUCCAGUUUCUGGCCGGUGUAAAAAUUGGCUGGGGAUAUACUUAUUCGAGCAUCAGAUCGACCUCAACUUGGAUCGUUUUACAGAUGAACUCGAGGUGAUUGCUGUCACUGGCGUGAAACGUCUGCUAGAGGUUUAUCUUCAAAGAGGAAUCAACUCACUGGCAAUGUUACAGGCCAUUCUCCCUGCUCGUUUCGCUCAGCAAUUUGAUAUUGAAAAGAUCCUUCUAAGAGGAGGUGCAGAACCUCAUCUAAGAACUGCGUACGGAGACACAUACUUGUCUAAUGCCGUGGCCUAUGGAGAUUUCGCCGUCGUGAAAAUGCUUCUCGAUAGGGGCGCUGAUCCUAAUGAAGAUGAAUACGGUUCAAGUCCCCUAUCCCGGGCAGCAGUCCAUGGCUAUCACGACAUAGUCCAAAUACUACUGGAAAAUGGUGCCCGCCUCGAAUUUCGAUGUAGAAUGCGUGGCCGUACACCAUUGUCAUACGCGGUUGAGGGUAAAUACAGGAAACCAAGCUUUCAUCAGCCCCCGUGCACAUCCUCGCGACGUGACUACGCAAAAGUUACCGGAAUAUUACUUAGUCAUGGGGCAGACAUCUAUACGCGGAGCCUUAACAGCCAGACACCACUCUACUAUGCCAUCACUGGUCAGAAUACAGAAGGAGCGAAGCUACUUUUGGACUCAGGUGUCGACCCAAACUCUAAACUCUGCCAAAGGGAAUUCGCCCUUCAUGUUGCAGCUACAAAUGAAGAUGCGGCCAUCGUGGAAUUACUGCUUAGUAGGGGUGCCAUGCUAGACAUAUUGGAUGACUAUGGACGCACCCCAUUGUCACACGCUGCUGAGUGCGGGAGAUUCGAUACUGCUAGAGUUCUGCUUGAUAAUGGGGCGCAUCCAGAUCCGAUAGACAAUAAAGGUCGGACACCUCUUUAUUAUGCAGCGGAAAGCGGAGAGGGGAAACUUUUCAGGAUGCUCCUCGACAAGGAUGCCAACCCCGACUCGACAGAUGCAUGUAGCAGCACCGCUCUUUGGGCUGCUUGUUCAUACGGUCACAUCAAUAUCGUCAAGAUGUUACUUGACAGGGUGAAUAAUCUCAACCCGGUCACGACUUGGGGUGAAACCGCACUGUCUGUUGCAGAGCGCCGCGGCCAUGGACGUAUUGUUGAACUAUUGCAAGAAGCAAUCAGGAACAAAAGCUCAAAUGAGCCGUCUCUUGAGUCAGAAGUGCAAUUGCCCUCCAAGGUACUCUAG